GUCAGGCCUGAGGAUGAGGCUGGUCCUGCUGAGCUGGGUUCUGCUGCUCUGGGUGUCCGCAACUCUGGCCGAGGUCCUGGUUCAACCUGACUUCGAUGCCAAAAAGUUCUCGGGCCUCUGGUAUGUUGUCUCCAUGGUGUCUGACUGCAAGGUGUUCUUGGGCAAGAAGGAUCAUCUGCUGAUGUCCACCAGGGACAUCAAUGCCACCAAGGGGGGCUGUCUCAAUGUCCACAUGGAAUUCCCACGGGCUGACGGCUGUGCCCAGGUGGAUGCCUCGUUCCUGAAGAUGGGCUCCGAGGGCCACUUCAGAGUUCCAGCCUUGGGCUACCUGGAUGUGCGUGUGGCGGACACGGACUAUGGCUCCUUUGCGGUGGUCUACAUCUACAAGGAGCUGGAGGGGGCUCUCAGCACCAUGGUGCAGCUCUACAGUCGGGCUCAGGAUGCCAGCCCCCAGGCUCUGAAGGCCUUCCAGGACUUCUACCCCACAGUGGGGCUCCAGGAUGACAUGAUGGUCAUGCUGCCCAAGUCAGAUGCUUGCUCCCCACCUCAGGGGAGCACCUUGGCGACCCCGGAGUCCCAUCCCAGCCCUGCCCAGGCAGGGGACAGGGGCCAGGCCACAGCAGCAAACCUCACCUCCCCAGGCGUGGACGCGCAGUGA